AUGCACCGUCGGCAAGUGGGGGACAGAACGGACUUCAUUUACCAAUCUACGCCAAACUUGAACGACGAUCAUAGCAUCGACCAAUACGACUUUGAACAAUCCAUUUCGGGAACAUUGCCCAAAUGGAAAUCCGAGGACCAAUGUGACGCUUCCGAGGAACUGAGUAUGCAAUCCUUCAUAACAAAGGAGAUCAAUCCGGACGAAGACCCGGAGAUGAAAACGUUCAAACAACAAGUCACUCGUGUCAUUCAUGACGGAUUAGGUGCGGAUAUGAAAGAGUGCAACUUGGCAUCGCAGAUUGGGAAAAGUUUGGAGGAACAGUACGGACGAACAUGGCACGUGCAUGUCAGCCAGAAAACCAUUGGUUGUGCGUUUGGUCAUCUACCAGGUCGACUGAUCCAGCUAAAAAAUAAGGGAUACUUUGUGGUCGCUUACCAAACGCUGCCCACAGAGAUCUAG